AUGGACAUAGUUGGCAAAAUAUUUCAAGGACAAACACCAGUGACCGACACGUCACACCUCGACUUUGGCGCAAAUGAAGAGAAAGAAAGAGAAUGUCUGAACUACAUUCAAAGAUUGUCGGUCGCGGCAGAUCAGCAAGAGGGCUUGAAGAUAUCACAAAUUCGGAAGCACAAAGGCUGCACGUAUUCGGGAUAUGCUCCUACGGGAAUAUCAGAGGUGACAAAAAUCGAUGCUGAUGAGCCGAUUAACAUCGCGGAAGUACUUUUGACGAAGCAAUUCUUCGAGUGGGACUUUAAACAAGAAGGUACAUACGCAGUUGCUUGGUACAUGGGCCAUCUACAUAUAUUUACGCGGUGCAUGUGGGGCAAUCAUUGGCGCCCAAUCACGUACAUCGGCACGCCACGGGAAAACUACGGUCUCAUUAGAUCCAAAUUCUUUUACAAUCACGGUAAGAACAUUGAUUUCAUGAAUCUCGUUAAGCGAUGUGCAUGUUCACCCAGAAGGAAGGGGUCUAUUGGGAAAUGGUUGAGCUGUGUACCCUCUGAUGAAGAAAAUUGUACAAUAAAAGCUGUACGUAAAUACAACUUCGGCCACUUUUCCUCGCCCCUUCCCAUCGGCGAUCGUCGCCUACUGGGCUAA